GGUUGUGGUCCCUGUGACAUCCCAAGAAGUGGCUGGGCUGGACUGGGACAUCACAGAGGAGGCUCUGCUGCACCCACAGGCAAUCCCAGUUCUGCAGCCCAGGCUCCSCAGCAAACACAGACUCCAGGAUCCCUCAGCCUCCCUCUGCACUGACCAUCUGUGCCCCUGGAAGGAGCCAGAGCCAGGAAUGAAGAUGCCUCUCUUCUCCAGGAAGAAGAAACCCAGCGWUGMUSYKSGKMWGSKCCUUGAGUACCAAAUGUGCCUGGCAAAAGAAGCUGGUGCUGAUGACACCCUUGACAUAUCCAGGUGUGAGCUUUCAGAGGUUCCUUAUGGGGCCUUUGCAACAUGCAAAGUCUUGCAAAAAAAGGUGCUGAUUAUUCACACGAAUAACCUGUCAUCUUUAGUUCCCAAGUCCUGCAGCCUCCUGAGUCUCAUAACUGUGAAGGUUCUAGACCUGCAUGACAACCAGCUGRCAUCCCUUCCUGCUGAUAUUGGUCAGCUGACAGCUCUUCAGGUCCUAAACCUUGAAAGGAAUCUYUUAAAAAGCCUUCCACAAUCUAUAGGAGACCUUGCUCAGCUCCAGGUCCUCAAUGUGAAAGAUAACAAGCUGAGGGAGCUGCCYGGCACGGUGAGCGGCCUGCGGAGCCUGCGGGCUCUGGAUGUCAGCGGGAACGCGCUGCAGGAGCUGCCACGGCUGCUGGCCCACGUCCGCACCCUGCAGACGCUGACCCUCGAUGCCUCUUCCAUGACCUACCCGUGCCCUGACAUCUGCUCUGCGGGUACCGAGGCCAUCCAGCAGUUCCUUUGCAAGGAGUGUGGAAUUGCAUACUACCCUCCCUCAGAGUACGUCCUGCCCACCCUGGAGAGCAACACAGGAGGAACUGCAGUGGAUGGGGUGGACAGGACGGUGGAGAAGUACCUGGAGAAGGAGAACGAGUGGCAGGAUAUGUUCUUCAYUGGGAAGGAGAUCCCUGUCAUUCAUCUUCCUUCUUAUUCCUCUCAGGAAAAAAAAGCCCAGGAGAAACUGGAAUUUGAGCGGCGCCUGAAUGUGGGGCAGCGAGAGCAGGCUCUGCUCGYACAGCAGCUCAACAGCCACAAGGAUGAGAUCCUGCAGACUGUGAGAGAGGAGCAGCAGAGGCUGGAGGAGGGUCUGUCGAAGCACCAGCGCUGCUUGGAGGAGGAGAGGCUGAAGCUGCUGCAGCAGCUGAAGGACACAGAGCAGGGCAUUGCCAGCAGGAUCCAGAAGCUGCUGGAGGACAACCAGAGGCAAAAACGAAGUUCAGACAUUCUGAAGUCCUUGGAGAAUGAGAGGAUCAGGAUGGAACAGCUGAUGGCGAUAACCCAGGAGGAGACAGAGCAGCUGCGCAGGAGGGAGGUGGCCUCUGCCAUGCAGCAGAUGCUGGCUGAGACCUACAAGAACAAGCUCCUCCAGAUGAGCUCCGAGUCCCGUCGGCAGGACCUCGUCAGCCAGGCCUGCUCCAGCCUGGCUGAGAUGGAUCAGAAGUUCCAGCAAAUCCUUGCUUGGCAGCAGCUGGGUCAGAACAAAGCUGUCAGUCAGAUCUUGGAGCAGAUUGAGAUGCAGAAAGCUGCCUUUGAAGCUCUCCAGGUGAAGAAGGACCUUAUGCACAGGCAGAUCAGGAACCAGAUUAAAUUAAUAGAAACAGAGUUAUUGCAGCUGACACAGCUGGAGUUAAAGAGGCAAGAACUGGACACAGAGACGCUGCAGGAGGCGGUCACGGAGCAGCGCCGGGCACUUGGCUGCCUCCUGCAGCAGCUGCUCAAGGAGAAGAAGCAAAGGGAGGAAGAGCUGCAGCAAAUCCUGCUGGAGAUGGAGGCAAAGAGCGAAACCAAACAGGAGAACUACUGGCUGAUCCAGUACCAGCGCCUGCUGAACCAGAAGCCCCUCUCCCUGAAGCUCCAGGAGAAGGGUUUGGAGCAGCAGCUGGUGACCAUCCUGAUGGAGCUCUCUGCUGACCACUACGUGCCAGUGUUUGCUCACCAUCGAAUAUCCUUGGAAAUGCUCGGCUCCAUGACUGCCAGCGACCUGGAAAAGCUCGGUGUGACAGAGGCUGGGCUGCAGCGUGCCAUCCUCAGGAGGGCUCAGGAGAUCCUGGCUGUGGCCACGACGACCCCAGAGCUGCCGAGGGCAGAAGACACCGCGGUCCCUGCGGCCCCAGAGCCCAGCGCUCCCUUGGAGGAGCCCCCGAGCCCCGCGGGCCCCACGGCCCCGCCGCUGCAGUGGGACCAGAGCAAGUGGGAGUGCGUGGUGUGCAUGGAGCAGGAGACCCAGAUGAUUUUCCUGCCCUGUGGUCACGUCUGCUGCUGCCAGCGCUGCUGCGAGCGGCUGCACUCGUGUCCCCUGUGCCGCCAGGACAUCGCUCAGCGCAUCCGCAUCUUCCACAGCGCAUAGACCGGCUCGAGAGGCACCGGCCCCGUUCCCGGGGUGUUUCCCGGUGCUGCUCAUGCCCCAGUUCUCAGCSCCUCACCGGCAUGACCGGCACUGCCCUCCCCGUGGGGUGACCCGGGGGUCUCAGCAUCCUCCCCACCCCCCGAUGGCUUUCAGCCUCCUCCUUCCGAUGAAUCCCCUCCUCCUGCUCCUGCCUGCCCGCCCGGCAUCCCUGGGUGCGCCUGUGGCUCCUCCUCUCUGGCAGAGGUGUUUGCCUUCAGAAMGGUCCUGGCUCGGCAGGGACGCGGGGAGCGCUUCCAGCAGUGCUGCCGGGGGUGGGCGGGGGAAUUGUCUGUGGGAGGAUUCAGCCAGGACGUGCUGUUCUUCCUGUGCCUUGCACCUCUGUCAUGCCAAAGGUCCGGGGCUUUGCUCUGGACACCCACAGGAGCGUGUCUGGGGCUGCASUGGGUGCCAGGGCAGACCCAGGAGCUCCCCAGCCCCUCAUUCCUGCUCCCGUGGGAGGGGAGAGUGCAACGGCCCCAGGAGUGCAGGGAGCUGCUCUCACCAGAGGGGCCCAGUGGGGUCCCCUGUCCAAAAAAUCAGGUUGGGAGUAGGAAGUGUUGCCCUGGCCAGCAGUGAUGCAGGGCUGGGGCUGUGCCCAGCUCAGAUCCACGGUGCCUCCGUGCACUGGGGUGUGGGGACCCCUCCGUUGUCAUUAAUCAGUAGCAAUUCCUGCCUGUCCCUUGGCUCUUCACCUUCAAAUAUAGAAAUGCCAUGAGCUCACCACAAGCCUUCCCCAGGAGCRGCCAUUAAACUGCAGCUGGUUUCUGCUGGCGGUGUUUGCUGUGUCUUUCCUUCUGCAGGGGGGGAUGGCUGAAAGCCRGGGGCUGUGGAGCAAUGACAGGGCCACCACAUGCCCGGCUGUCCCAGUGUCACCUCCUUGUCCUCCU